ACCCAAAUUAAAAUUCAUAAAUGUCUUCUGGUUGGGUCGAGCGGGUUUGAUUUCUACUUUCUCAAUUUUGAGUCAAAAAUCAUUCGUUACAAUGAACAAAUAAUUAAUUACUUUAAUAAUUUCUUCGCAAAAUUUGAGGUCUUCGGAGAACCUCAAAAGCCUCAAAUUCGAACCUCUAAUUUGUGAAGGUUUCCGUGAGAACGGUUAUCAGCUCAGGAGAUGAUUCGGGUAUAACUGAAUCUGAAAUGGGAAAGUAUGAAGAUAGAUGUUAUGAAACAUUAAAGAAAGGAAGAUGCAUUGUUAAAGUUUCGGACAAAACUUAUAUUUGCCCUUAUUGUCCCCCGAAGAAAAAGCAGUAUUACCGAUAUGAGGAUCUUCUUCAGCAUGCUUCUGGUGUGGGAGAUAGUAGUUCCGCAAAAAGAAGACCAAUAGUGAAAGCCUCUCACCGAGCUUUGGCGAAGUACUUGAAAAAAAAUCAUGUGCCUGUGGUUAGUUCAUCAAAACUUUCAGCUCAAGAGGAUACCCCUAGUGGUCAUGACGAUGACGAGAAAAUUGUUUGGCCAUGGACUGGAAUUGUGGUUAAUAUUCCGAUUCAAAAGUCAGAAAAUGGGCAAUCUGUAGGAAAAAGUGGAUCGAAGUUGAAGGAUGAGUUGAUCAGGAGAGGGUUCAACCCCAUAACAGUUCACCCACUCCGGAAUUACCAUGGUCAUUCGGGGACUGCUGUCGUGGAAUUCCAAAAAGACUGGCAGGGGCUACAUCAUGCCUUGUCAUUUGAAAAUGCUUACAAGGCAGAUCACCAUGGGAAAAAGGAUUGGAGUGCUAAUACUGAGGUUAAGUAUGGUCUUUAUGCUUGGGUUGCCCGUGCUGAUGACUACAAGUCAAGUAGUAUUAUUGGAGAACAUUUACGCCAGACUCGUGACCUUAAGACCAUCCCCAAGCUCAUGGAGGAAGAAGCCAGGAAACAAGAUAGACUUGUAUCAUAUUUGACAAAUAUCACCGGGACUAAAAACAAGAUAGACUUGUACACUGCCGUCCAGAAAUGUCCAUGCUUCAACGUUUCCUUGCCAAUGGAUAUCAGCUCGAUAGAUGGUUCGAAUAUAACUGAAUCUGAAAUGGGAAUGUAUGUAGAUAGAUCUUAUGAAAAAUUAAGGAAUGGGAAGUACAUUGUCAAAGUUUCAGGUGAAACUUAUUCGUGCCCCUUUUGUCCUCAGAAGAAAAAGCCAAAUUACCGAUACAUGGAUCUUGUCCAGCAUGCUUCUGCUGUGGCAAAUAGUAGUUCUGCAAGAAGAACACCAAUAGUGAAAGCCAAUCACUUGGCUUUGUCAAAGUAUUUGGAAAAGGAUCUUGCGCCUUUGGUUAGUUCAUUGAAACCUGUGACUCAGGAGGAUCCUCUUAGUGGUUGUGACCAUAAUGAGAAUGGGAAGCACAUUGUCAAAGCUUCAGAUGAAACUUAUACGUGCCCCUAUUGUCCUGAGAAGAAAAUUUACCGAUAUUUAGACCUCGUCCAGCAUGCUUCUGGUGUGGGAAAUAGUAGUUCUGCAAGAAGAACACCAAUAAUGAAAGCCAAUCACCUGGCUUUGGCUAAGUAUUUGGAAAAGGGUCUUGUGCCUUUGGUUAGUUCAUUGAAACCUGCAGCUCAAGAGGAUCCUCUUAGUGGUUGUGACCAUGAUGAGAAAAUUGUUUGGCCAUGGACCGGAAUUGUGGUUAAUAUUCCUACUCGAAAGUCAGAGGAUGGACGAACUGUAGGGGAAAGUGGAUCCAAGUUGAGGGAUGAAUUGAUCAGGAGAGGGUUCAACCCCAUAAGAGUUCGCCCACUUUGGAAUAACUGUGAUCAUUCAGGAAUUGCUGUCGUGGAAUUCCAUAAAGACUGGUCAGGGCUACACAAUGCCUUGUCAUUUGAGAAUGCUUAUGAGGCAGACCAUCGUGGGAAAAAGGACUGGGGUGCCAAUAAUGAUGUUAAGUAUGGUCUUUAUGCUUGGAUCGCCCGUGCUGAUGACCACAAGUCAAGCAGUAUUAUUGGAGAACAUUUACGCAAGACUAGUGACAUUAAGACCAUUUCCAAGCUCAUGGAGGAAGAAGCUAGGAAACAAGAUAGACUUGUAUCAUAUUUGACAAAUAUCCUCGAGACUAAAAACAAACACCUAAAAGAGAUGGAAGCAAUGUGUUCCGUAACUUCCGAGUCACUCAAGGUUUUAAUGGAAGAAAAAGAUAACCUUCUUCAAGCAUAUAACAAAGAGAUUAAUAAGACUCAACAAAGUGCUAGGCUACACUACCAGAAGGUUUUUAGUGACCAUGAAAAAGUGAAGUCACAGCUAGAAUCUCAUAGAAAAGAUCUGGAAUUGCGCGAAGUUGAACUUGAAAAGCGAGAGGCACUGAUUGAAGGAGAAAGAAAAAAGUUGGCUGAGGAGCUUGAAGAGAAUGUUGUUCAAAAUAGUGCAUUACGGUUGGCUGCUUUGGAGCAAAAAAGGGCUGAUGAAAAUUUAAUGCAAUUGGCUGAAGAUCAGAAGAGGCAGAAGGAGGAACUUCACAAUAGGAUAAUUCAACUGGAGAAACAAUUAGAUCAAAAGCAAGCAUUAGAACUGGAAAUUGAGCAACUGAGAGGCUCAAUGAACGUAAUUAGAGAACUGGGAGACGAAGAUGAUGACAUAGUUCUGACAAUCAUAGAGGCAAGUUUUAAGGAGUUGAGAGAAAAGGAGAGAGAGCUUGAAGAUUUAGAAGCAUUGAACCAAACUCUUAUUGUAAGCGAACGUAAGAGCAACAAUGAGCUGCAGGAAGCUCGCAAAGAAUUGAUUAAUGGAUUGAAAGAAAUAUCAAGUUGUGCAAAUAUCGGUGUCAAGAGAAUGGGAGAACUUGACAAUAAACCGUUCCUUGAAGCAAUGAAGAGAAGGUAUAAUGAGGAACUAGCCGAGGAGAGAGCUGUGGAACUGUGCUCAUUGUGGGAGGAAUAUCUGAAGGAUCCAAACUGGCAUCCUUUUAAACGAAUUAAACUCGAGGGAGAAGAAUAUCAGGAAGUGAUUGAUAAUGAAGAUGAAAAGCUGAAAGAUUUGAAGGAUGAGAUGGGCAAUGAAGUGUAUAAGUCGGUCACUUCCGUUAUAAAUGAAAUAAACGAAUACAAUCCAAGUGGACGGUACGCAACUUCUGAAUUGUGGAACUAUGGAGAAGGAAGAAGGGCAAGCCUGCAAGAGGGUGUUGAAUUUUUACUGAACCUGUGGAACGCCACCAAAGGCAAACGAGGAAUGACCUGAAACGAUACUAACUUAUUUUUCAGGAACUAAUUUUCUGACUGCUUAUAAGGGGAGCAGUGUCCUCGAAAUAUCUAAGAACGUUCUGCGGUGAUGUUUUAUGCCCUGUAAGUAUUGUUUAUAUCAACAUAUCAUUGAAUCCCAUGUUAAAUAAUUGUCAGCUCCCUGGUGUAAUAAUAUUACUUUCUGGGAAGAAACUACUGCAUCCAUUUUAACAUGUUGGAUUCAAGCUCAUUAUUUUUGCAUCGGAAUCAUAAUCGUAAAACGAAGCCGAUGUAAGACCUGUUGACUUGAUGCAAUCUUUUGUGGUUAGGCUAUGUUGUGUAUGAAACCUUUGAGAACAUUUUCUAGUCCCUGUUUGAGGUGUUCAA